UAAAAACGUUGUUACUUAAAAAGAUUGGGAGAUUUUCUAUUCCUCUAUCAAUGGAGAUUUCCUGGCACGUGCCCCACCCAAGGCCCACGCCCAGAGCGCUAGAGUGGCAGGACAACAACCGCUGACAUCUUCCCAUCCCGACGCCACAGGCUGCUCCGAGCUCCGCCUUUUAGAUUGCACCCAGAGAAGCCAGCGACAGCUUUGAGUCCAGGCCGGGUUUUCAAGCAUCAAGACGGAAGUAACAGCGGAAAGGAAGUUCCAGGGCCCGCGCUGGGAAAGAGGUGGGGGGAACUGGGGCAGACCCAGGGUGCGAUGGCGGCGCAAAUUCCAAUUGUGGCCACCACUUCCACUCCGGGAAUAGUCCGGAACAGCAAGAAGAGGCCGGCCAGCCCGUCCCACAAUGGCAGCAGCGGCGGGGCCUAUGGCGCCAGUAAGAAGAAAAAAGUGUCUGGCUCCAGCUUUGCGCAGGGUAUCAGCAUGGAAGCCAUGAAUGAGAAUAAAGUGGUGUCCUCUGAGUUUAGCACAGGACCUGUGGAAAAAGCUGCCAAACCUUUGCCAUUUAAGGAUCCCAACUUUGUGCACUCUGGCCACGGUGGCGCAGUAGCUGGCAAGAAGAACAGAACCUGGAAGAACCUGAAACAAAUCCUCGCUUCCGAAAGGGCAUUGCCGUGGCAACUGAACGAUCCUAACUACUUCAGUAUUGAUGCUCCUCCAUCCUUUAAGCCAGCUAAGAAGUAUUCUGAUGUUUCAGGUCUGCUUGCCAACUACACAGACCCCCAGAGCAAACUGCGGUUCAGCACCAUUGAAGAGUUUUCCUAUAUUCGGAGGCUGCCCUCUGACGUCGUCACCGGCUACCUGGCCCUGAGGAAGGCCACAAGCAUCGUUCCCUGAGCCCGAGAAAGGGAGAUGAAGUGGAAAGCUGUUUCAAAAACAGACUCUGGACUCGUGAUUUUGUUUCACGGAAAACAAACUCGUUCUUCUGUCAGUCUGAAAAUGCCAGUGCUGUGCCUUGGAAAGAAUGUUUGGCUUUCAUUUAAAGGUUUUUUUGAGUGUGUGUUUUCCCUCCAAGUGUGAUAUUUCCUGCUGAAUUAAAUUAUACUUCAGUUGUUGCCUCAAGUAAAGGUGUUUGACAAGAAAAUACAAUAAAACUAUACUUUUCAUUUA